CAGGAGUCGCUUGAGUCGGUCGGCCAAGCCAUAGACGACAUCGGAAGCGCCGUCUGGAAAUCGACGUCGAAGAUUAUCUCACAUGGUUACAAUCACAUGGAAAUCAACUUUAAACAAUGUAGUACUGGAAAUAUUAAAGGAUCGAUAAGAUUCCGUAGGCGUCGGGCCCAGUUCGCGCCAUAGCUCGAAGCCCUUGGAUAUAGAUGCCAAGCAGAUCGCUGCGGCGACUGAGCCAGUGACUGUCGCGAUUGAUUGUUGCCCUAGCGAAUGGUCAAGCCCUAGGGGGCGAAGGUUGAAGAUGGGAUGGAGAAGAAGAAGAAUUUGCCGCCGUUCGGGUUUCUGUGAGAAUGGUGACGGCUCUAUCUCGCGCCAAAAUGUAUGAGAGAAAUUGUUUGGGGGUACGAAUUCGUCGCGCAGUCUCGUAAUUCAUCGUUCCUCUCUCUCUUUGUUGAUGGACAAGCUUUUGGGCACUCACUUGACGAAUAUGGCGAGUUCAGACACUGAUCUUAACAAUGAACAGUGUGAGAAUGCUCUGAUUGUGAAGGCAUAUCCAAUCGGUAUGGUACGGGCAACGGAUAUGGAUGAAGUGGGUGGAGAGAAUGCGGGGAAUUGUAUGCUUGAACCAUAUGUGGGGCAGGAGUUUGAUUCAGCUGAUGCAGCUCUUAGUUUCUAUAAUUCAUAUGCACAGCACCUUGGAUUUAAAGUUCGAAUAGGUCAGUUGUACAGAUCACGAACUGAUGGGACGGUAUCUUCUCGCAGAUUUGUGUGUUCGAAGGAGGGGUUUCAGCUUAGUUCACGCACAGGGUGUCCUGCAGUCAUACGGGUACAGAGGCGUGAUUCUGGGAAGUGGGUCAUUGACCUUUUUCACAAAGAUCACAAUCAUCACCUUGAAUGUGAUGGUGAGGAAACCCCUCCUCCUGUUCUGCAAGUUAAGGCUCCUAGAUCUGCAAGAUUGACUGUUAAUGUUUCUCAUAGACGAAAAGUUCAUUUGUUUAAGAAUGUUGAAGACGACUUCCUCUGUCCUUCGAGAAUUAUCAAUACGAAGCAUUUAAACGAGAGAGCAAAUGUAGUGCAACGGAAGGGCGAGCCUUGUGUUGGUCUGGAGUUCAACUCAGCAAAUGAGGCAUAUCAGUUUUAUAAUGCCUAUGCUGCAAAUGCGGGAUUCAGAAUACGCAUUGGUCAAUUGUUUCGAUCGAAGAAUGAUGGUUCAAUUACAUCAAGACGAUUUGUGUGCUCUAAGGAGGGAUUUCAACAUCCGUCAAGAUUAGGCUGUGGGGCAUUUAUGAGGAUUAAGAGGAAUGAAUCUGGAAGAUGGGUUGUAGAUCGCCUUAAGAAAGAUCAUAAUCAUGAUCUUGAGCCUCAAACAGAAGCUCAAAAAAGAAAUCUAAUAGCUUCCAAAAGACUUAUAGGAGAACUGGGUGGCGGAUUUGAAUGCAAAGAACCAGUCAACUUGAACAGUGGACUUGUCAUUAAGAGAACUCGGGAGAACAAAAUUUGUAGUGAUUGGUAUCCAGGUCUUUUUGAAUAUUUCCAAUCCAAGCAAGCAGAAGAUACAGGAUUCUUUUAUGCAGUAGAAGUUGAGAAUUCUAAUUGCAUGAGCGUUUUCUGGGCAGAUGGCAGGUCUCGAUUUUCUUGUAGUCAGUUCGGUGAUGCAAUUAUCCUUGACACCUCAUAUCGGAAAAGCGCUUAUGUGGUGCCAUUUGCAACUUUCACAGGAAUUAAUCACCAUAAACAACCUGUUCUUCUUGCAUGCGCUUUAGUUGCUGAUGAAUCUGUAGAAUCCUUCUCGUGGCUGUUUCAAACAUGGCUUCGAGCAAUGUCUGGUUGCCGCCCACUUUCAAUAAUUGCUGAUCAGGACAAUGGUAUUCAACAAGCAGUUGCACGAGUUUUCCCCGGAACUUUGCAUCGUUUUUCACCGUGGCAAAUCAAGGAAAAGGAACAAGAUAAUCUCAGCAUGCUGGACGAAACUUUUAGAUUUGAAUAUGAAAAAUGCGUUUACCAGAGUCAGACUGCUGAAGAAUUUGAUGUCGGAUGGACCACUCUUAUCGGGAAGUAUGGGUUGAAGGAGAAUGCUUGGUUUAUAGAAAUGUAUAUAAAGCGUAACAACUGGGUUCCAUUGUUCUUGCGGGUAACUUUUUUUGCAGGCAUCCCCACAACUGACAACAUCGAAUCAUUUUUUGGUACAGCAUUCAAUGCUCGAACACCAGUUGCAGAGUUCAUUUCUCGUUAUGAAAUUGGGUUGGAGAAGCGUCGUGAUGAAGAAAGAAAAGAGAGUUUGAACUCUCUAAACUUGCAAGGUUUUCUGCAAACAAAAGAACCAGUAGAAGAGCAAUGUCUCAGACUCUAUACUCACGCAGUGUUCAAGGUGUUCCAGAAAGAACUCCUGCACUGCUACAGAUAUCUCGGAUUUAAGAUUUUCGAGGAAGCGGCUCUCAGCAGAUACCUGGUGCGUCGGUGCGAAAAUGACAACGAAAAAUGUGUAGUCACAGUGAUAUCAACAAAUCUGACUGUGAAUUGUAGCUGUAAAAUGUUUGAAUACGAAGGUAUACUAUGUCGACAUAUUAUGAGGGUGUUCCAAAUACUAGGAAUAGGCGAAAUUCCACCCUGCUACAUCCUACACCGGUGGACUCGAAAUGCUGAGUACGGAACACUGCAAGAUAUGGACUCAGAUGGCGGCCCUCAAGAACUCAAGGCCGUGAUGCUAUGGAGUCUGAGAGAAGCUGCUUGUAAAUACAUCGAGGCUGGGGCAACAUCUCUUGAAAAGUACAAACUUGCGUAUGAGAUUAUGCGAGAAGGUGGAAGGAAACUCCGUUGGCAAAGAUAAAUAUGGAGGUUAGAAUGUUAUCUGUCUUCUUAAUUUUUUACUGCAUGCACAUGCACUUUUAUCUUUUACUUUUUACUUUUUGUUUUGUUAUGGGUUGGUUGGAUUACUUUAGAUAUGUGACCCGGAAACCAUGAGAUUGUGUUGUGGGGAUGAUAUUUCUAUACUUGAAUGUAUAUAAAUAUGUAAAUGAAUGGAAUUUGGAUUACUUUGAA